UCUCCUGUCCCUCUUGUCCAUCGUGGGCGGCGCGCACGGGCGCCGCUGAGCAGCUGGCCAUGCCACUGAAACAUUAUCUCCUCUUGCUGGUGGGCUGCCAGGUCUGGGCGGUAGGCUUGGCUUACUAUGGCUGUCCUAGCGAGUGCACCUGCUCCCGGGCCUCCCAAGUGGAGUGCACGGGUGCGCGCAUUGUGGCGGUGCCCAGCCCUCUGCCCUGGAAUGCCAUGAGUCUGCAGAUCCUCAACACCCACAUCACUGAACUCAAUGAGUCCCCGUUUCUCAACAUAUCAGCCCUCAUUGCCCUGCGGAUUGAGAAAAAUGAGCUGUCCCACAUCAUGCCAGGUGCUUUCCGCAACCUGGGCUCGCUGCGCUACCUCAGCCUGGCCAACAACAAGCUGCAGAUGCUGCCCGUUGACCUCUUCCAGGGCCUGGACAACCUUGAGUCCCUCCUUCUGUCCAGUAAUCAGUUGGUGCAGAUCCAGCCAGCCCACUUCUCCCAGUUCAGCAACCUUAAGGAGCUGCAACUUCAUGGGAAUCAUCUGGAGUACGUUCCUGAUGGCGUCUUUGACCACCUGGUGGGGCUCACCAAACUCAACCUGGGCAAGAACAGCCUCACUCACCUGUCCCCCAGGGUCUUCCAGCACCUGGGCAACCUCCAGGUCCUCCGACUCUUUGAGAACAGGCUCUCAGACAUCCCCAUGGGCACCUUUGAUGGACUAGGCAACCUCCAGGAGCUAGCCCUCCAGCAGAACCAGAUCAGCACCCUCUCCCCUGGCCUCUUCCACAACAAUCGUAACCUCCAGAGACUCUAUUUGUCCAAUAACCAUAUCUCAGAGCUGCCUCCAGGCAUCUUCAUGCAGCUGCCCCAACUCAACCGGCUCACCCUCUUUGGGAACUCCCUGAAGGAGCUCUCUCCAGGCAUCUUUGGGCCCAUGCACAACCUGCGAGAGCUUUGGCUGUAUGACAACCACAUCACUUUUCUGCCUGACAACAUCUUCAGCAACCUCAACCAGUUGCAGGUCCUGAUCCUUAGUCGAAACCAGAUCAACUUCAUCUCCCCUGGUGCCUUCAAUGGGCUGACGGAGCUCCGGGAGCUCUCCCUCCACACCAAUGCACUGCAGGACCUGGAUGGGAAUGUCUUCCGCAUGCUAGCCAACCUGCAGAACAUCUCCCUGCAGAACAACCGGCUCCGACAGCUCCCCGGGAACCUCUUUGCCAACGUCAAUGGCCUCAUGACCAUCCAGCUGCAGAAUAAUUACCUGGAGAACCUGCCCCGGGGUAUCUUUGAUCACUUGGGGAACCUGUGUGAGCUGCGGCUAUAUGACAACCCCUGGAGAUGCGAUUCUGACAUCCUUCCGCUUCACAAUUGGCUUCUGCUCAACAAGGCCAGAUUAGGGACAGACACUCUCCCGGUAUGUUCCAGCCCAGCCAAUGUCCGAGGCCAGUCCCUCAUCGUCAUCAAUGUCAAUGUCCCUGGACCAAGUGUCCAGGUCCCAGCAAACCCCGAAGUGCCCAGCUACCCAGAAACACCACGAUACCCGGACACCCCCAGAUACCCUGACACCCCCAGAUACCCUGACACCCCCAGAUACCCUGACACCCCCAGAUACCCUGACACCACGUCCAUCUCAUCCACCACUGACAUCACCAACUCUGUGGAAGACUACACUGAUCUGACCACCAUUGGUGCCACCGAUGAUCGCAAUACCUGGGGAAUGACCCGGGCCCAGAGCGGGCUGGCCAUUGCCGCCAUUGUUAUUGGUAUUAUUGCCUUGGCUUGCUCCCUAGCUGCCUGCAUCGCUUGCUGUUGCUGCAAGAAAAGGAGCCAGGCUGUCCUGAUGCAGAUGAAGGCUCCCAAUGAGUGUUAGGGAGGCAGGCUGGAGCAGGGCUUAGGAAUGGUGAGAAGGGAGGACUUGGAAAUGUGGCCAUGAAACCUCCACCCCUGGAUGCACAGAGCCAAGCUCUGCUAGCCCUCUCUGGGCCCUAGAGAAAGGUGUCUCUUGUUCUCUUGAUCAGCUCAAUUCUACUGCAGAGAAACAGGUCUCACAGGCCUUCUUGCCAACAGAGAGAUCCAACAGGCCGUAGAAAAAUGAGGGGCUUCUAGGUCUCAUGCCUGACUCUCCUUCAAAGGGGAUCUUCUCAAACUCUUACCACUUUCCUCCAAGAACAACCUUCCCUGUGCUCAGCCUCCUCCUGGUCUCUGUAGACUCCAUGGUAAAGCAUGCUCAGUUUGUGGGAUAGUUCUCCACCCAGACAGCCCCUCUCCUCAAAGUAUUAUGUAAACUGAUGUUUCUUCUUUUGCUUCUCUUGUGAGUGGCACGGCUUGACUCUGUCUCUGCAAAUGAAAGCUCUCUCCUUGAUAGUCUGCUCCUGAAGGUAAAGUGAAUUCUCUCCUCCAAGAAGGCUUGGAACCAGUCAGCUGGUUUCUUACACACCGCUGAGCCACCUGGGCUGGAAGGAGGCUUUGUAAAAGAGAAGGAAAUGCAUGCUGGCCAGCCCAGGGACACAAGUUGGCAUCAGCAUCUCCUGGGAUUUUCGUCUGGAGAAGGAAAAAAAGGCACCAAUGCAAUGAGUUCAUCCUUUCAGAGAGGAUUUCCAAACUGCAAACUUUGCUUUGAACACUUUUAGCCCUUUAUGAAAUAAAAUUGCAUUGAAUUUCUAACUUACAAAAACAUGGGAGCCAGCAUAUCGGUAGUAGAUGGAGAAAGAGAUCUGAUACCUGGGGUACUUGCAUUCACACUGAUGGUUUUCUUUUAACUUUUAAAACUUGAAGUAUUCUAUACAAACAGAAAAAUGGGAGCAUGCAGCUUGGUGAAUUGCCAUAAACUGAACAUACUCAGAUCAACAUAUUCAGAACACGACUCCUUCUAAGCUUUUUCCAGAGGCCUGGGACAAUGUCUAUCUCUAGCCUCAGAGGACCACCCCAGGGGUGGAGGAGAUGUAGGGACAGGCAUGGGAGGCUCUGCUUGGAUGGGAGGUCCUAUUAAAUCCUGAGAUUCUGAGAUACCAUGCUCGCCAGGUCAGAAGCACCCUCACUUCAACAGCCUGCCAGCCAGCUCAGCUGUUCUGCUGGGGCCUUUUAUGGGCAUAAUAUGCCUAUAUCUGUUUUGAAUUUUCACUCUCCAUUUGGGGGAAGCAAAAUAGCUCAGAGAUGAGGUCUUUCAUUGAACACCCAAGUGUAAUGGAAAACAGGAAUCCUAAUGCCAUGGUAAAAUUCUCCAUCAACAUUAGUCAGCUAGCAGCUAGACUUCAGGGUUUUCACAGACAGCAGACAUGGGGGCUCACUGACAGGUCACAUUGGGUGGCUCUCUGGAGCUCUCUGGAACGCCCUCUACUGGUGGUUGAGUUAUAAAUUGGGUGAUUUGGGUUCAAGUUUACAGUCUCACAAAUAACUGGCUUUUGCUGCCUCUCCCACGACCCACACAUUCACAUUUGUUUAAGAAAAAGAUGUACAAGGAAAUGCUUGGUUUUUCUCUUUACAACAAGUUUUCCAAUUCUCCAGUAAAAAUAAAAAUGAAGAAUUUCAGGUUUCUUUGUCUACCCAGGAAAGAAUUUCAACUGACUAAAAGGAUAUACAAGCUGGACACUGGGGGCUUACGCCUAUAAUCCUAGCUACUUGGGAGGCAGAGAACUGAGGA